AGGCCGCUAGUAGACACUAGACUAGACGUAGUAAGGUAUUUGCGGGGAGCUUCCAGAUCCAGACAGCCGAGCCCACCAGCAUUUCGGAAUUUCCCGGCGAAAGAAAGAACGGAGAGAAGAGAGCGAUGUCAGGACCACAGUGCUAUCGAAAACCCUCCGGCGCUGAACCCAGGAUAUGAAGCUCCAAUCUUAAGG